CGUUCGCGCACAGUGUGCGUUCGCCCGCUGUACUUUCGGAAAAAAAAUACGGCGCUCCACAGAAAUACGAGAUCAUGGCGGUGCCCAACACCGGUGUAGUCGUGCCCCGAAACUUUCGUCUCUUAGAAGAGCUAGAGCAAGGGCAGAAGGGUGUAGGCGAUGGAACGAUCAGUUGGGGCCUGGAGAAUGAUGAUGAUAUGACCCUUACGCAUUGGACUGGUAUGAUUAUUGGACCACCUAGGACACCGUAUGAAAAUAGGAUGUAUAGUUUAAAAAUUGACUGUGGUCAAAGAUAUCCAGAUGAUGCACCUAAUGUAAGAUUUUUAAGCAGAAUCAAUAUGAAUUGCAUUAACAGUGCUACUGGAGCUGUGGAUAAUCGCAGUGUGCCAGUUCUUGCAAAAUGGCAACGAGAAUAUACAAUUAAAACAGUUCUUCAGGAACUCCGUCGUUUGAUGACGUUGAAGGAAAAUAUGAAACUUUCCCAGCCUCCGGAGGGCAGCACUUUUUAGCCUAACCGUACGAACAGAGAUAUCUUCCUUUUUGCAAUAGCAUGAGGCGGGAUCUAAUGAAGGUACCAAAUAAUAUUAAAUGGGUGCCUAUUGAAGAUAUAUGUUUAAAAAGAAAUUAAAAAAAAA